AUGCAUUUCGAUGGAGCCUCAGCUUUGGAGGGAAAUAAAGCCAAAGGUAGAGGCAAGAUCCACUAUUUCAUCGAAAUGGAGCUUCGGGUAUCACAGCAGAGCGUGAACUGGCUCAGCCCAGGGUACUUGGAUGCUGAGAUCCUGAGGGUAGACGUCGGGGUGGGAAAGCAGUUCCGGGGGCCACUGCAGACCCUCUCAGAGAGGAAGCUCAACCCAGUGAAGUGCAUUGGCGGGUGUGUGGGCACGGGGCACAUUAGUGCAUGGGAGGCGGACUCUGCCAUGGCCUCCCAGGGCCCCCUCCCCCUGGAUAAACCAGAUCAGUUGCCCCCCACCUUCCUCGAGGGUAGAAACGGGGAGUCUGCUGCCUGGAAUGUUCAGGGCCAAGCUCCAAGCCUCCCGGCCCCCAGCGUAGAGCCCCAGCCCCCGGCGUGGCCACACCAUGACACAGGAGCAACUCAGGAGCCCCUGAGAGUUUCGAGGGGUAACCUGGGAAACCCAUGGAGCAGUGAGAGCGGGUUGCUGAGCCUGCGACAGUCCAGCCAGGGGAAAUGCAAGGAAAGUGACACCAGCCUGUUGAGCAGCGGGUACGCGGGCGAUGAGGAGAACAGUGAGGUCAGCCUGGUGGGCAACACUCCAAUCUUAAGGUUGCCGAGAAGGCUCCACACCCAGGCAGGCAGCGCCCCGAGAAGCCAGCUGUGUGCCAUCUACGCGCCCAGCCAGAUCAGGAGCCAGGUGGCCAGCCAAGCCCGCGGCAGCAGGCAGGCUGGAGGGGAAAAGUGAGGCCAGCCUGCCCAGCAGCGGCAUCAGCAGCAGGGCCAGCAGCCUGACCAGCAUGAGCUUCAUCAGCCUGGGCAGCAGCGCCCUGAACUACCAGGUGAGUAGCGGGCUGCUCAGCUCUGCCCACAGCCUUCCCGCCAGCCAGGCCAGCAGCUGCCCAGACAUCCCAGUGGACGGUAAUGUGCAAAGUGGGGUGAAAAGUAACACCAGUCUUCAGGAGGACAAGUCUGGGGACAAGGCCAAAGCCGGCGACCAGGCCGCCAAGGGGGAGCAGCCCGCCCAGAUGUGCAUGCCUUUAUGAGUCGGCUCGCCGGCCACCAGGUUCUUGAAAAAUACAGAUGUAACGGCCCAGCAAACCUAGACUUCACCCAGAGUGGUUAUUGCCAGAGCAAAUACCUUUAAAAAAGUAUACACUGACUGUGUUGGAAACUUGGAUAGCCCCAUUUGUAGCAACAACCAUCAGCAGCAGGGUCGUGUGUAGCGAGAACUAUGGAUGAUGAGCACCAUCUACACUGACAAUCAGCAAUCAACGGUGAGACCAUCUCUACUGAGAACCACUGUUGAGAAGAACGGCUGUAUAGAGACCCGUCGGUGCUGGGUUCACCUGCAUCCACCUCCACUGGCCAAACCACUGUGA